AUGGCGGUGUUGAUUCGUUGCUCUUGUUUCCUCGCUCGUCCUUGCUCCUCACAGUCUCAAUUCUACUCUCACAACCCCAAACCUUUACUAUCGGGGAAAUUGGCAUGCCUUUCUCUAAAACCGGACAAGAUUGUCCCACACAUUGAAUAUACGCUCUAUGGGUCUUCUAAGGAUCCAACUUCGCUGCACUGCUCAAAGUGUAAGGAAAACAUGCACCAAAGGUUCCCCUCGCUAAUAUUUGUAGCGAGCAAUAUUUUGAUGUUCUCUAUGCCUAAUAGAGCUUUCGCUGAAACGUGUGAGGCUGAUAACUCCCUCUUCAACAUGCCUAUACUGCUGGCAGUAGCCCUCAUUGGAGCCACAGUUGGAGGGUUGCUUGCUCGGCAAAGAAGAAAUGAAUUGCAACGGGUAAACGAGCAAUUGAUCCAAAUCAACGCAGCAUUAAGGAAGCAAGCCAAAAUCGAGUCCUAUGCCCCUAGCUUGAGUUAUGCUCCCAUUGGUGGUGGUAGGAUACCUGAUAAUGAGAUUAUUGUUGACCCAAAGAAGCAGGAGCUAAUUUCUAAGUUGAAAAAUGGAAAGAACUUCCUAAGGAAUCAACAACUGGAUAAAGCAUUUACAGAGUUUAAGAAUGCACUCGAGCUUGCCCAGAAUCUGAAGGACCCUAUUGAAGAGAAAAAAGCUGCUAGAGGUCUAGGAGCCUCACUGCAAAGACAAGGAAAGUACAGAGAUUCUAUUAAAUACCAUUCCAUGGUUUUGGCCAUCUCUGAACGAGAAGGGGAGGACUCAGGGAAUACGGAAGCGUUUGGGGCAAUUGCUGAUUGUUACACUGAGCUUGGAGAGCUCGAGAAAGCAGGCCAAUUCUAUGACAAGUAUAUUGCAAGGCUGGAAAAGGACUGA